CGUGAUGUAUAAUUGAAGUUAAACUCUAAAUUCUAGUCAGUCUUGUAGGAACCCAAGAGCUCAUAACAUCAGAUAUAUUUAAUCAGCCCCUUGAUUUUAUUUUCUCUGUACUGUAAUUUACUUACGGGGACGAGACGCAAUUUUUUCGUUUGUUUCAACGCACCCAUGUCAAACUAUAUUAUUGUAUAAGCCUAUUUAAUUUGCUUUUGAUUGAGGCAUUUCGAGACAACAAAUAGGAAUAACUUAGAGUACCAACCACCACUGCCAUAUCAGCAAUCUUAUUUCUACAAUCAAAAUAUGGAUGGCUUUAAAAAUGAAAUCUUUGGUGACGACCAGGCACAGGAGUUGCUGACUUCCGGCCACGGUAUUACUAAACUGAGCAACAGCGUGGGACAUGAUGGCCUACCAACCCCACCCCACAGUCCCGUAUACGCACAGUUAGAACCUGCCGUUAAUUCUUCCCGAAUUUCCCAUCAUACAAUGCAAAACAUGGAAUUCGCAAGCUGGGAUACUAUGUACCCAUAUCCAGAGACUUUAGACGAGACGCUAUCAAGCAUGCUACCCUCCGUAUUAGCGUUGCAAGAUUUAAAUGACAUUAUCUUAACAACGCCAUUUGAUGGCAAAGUGCAAGAUCUUCAUGAACACGGUCUUUCAUCACUUGAUAUUCCGGAUGAAGAUGAUGUGCAUACAGUUCCGUCUGUCGGUCAGAUAUCGCAAUUCGACAACAUAUACUCAUUUCCAGAUCUUCCUUCAAUAAUGGACACAUUUCGAGUUGGCUUUUGUUACGAUCAAGAUUCUGAAAGCGACUGUUUCAGUGAUGCCAGCGGUACGAGUUUUACACUGCCCCCAUCGAGUCCAACAAGCUAUUCCGACGACUGUCCCUCACCAACACACGAUGUCUCACGUACACACAACUACCAACGAAAAACCAUCGUUAAAGACAUUCACACCAAGUUACCUGGCUUGUCAAAGAGAAGACCUGGUCGACCCCGAAAAAUCCAGCGUAUUGAUACGGAUGACAGUGACGGGGACAGUAAAAACUUCAGGGGCCGUGGACGCAGAGAAGGCAUGAAGGGAAACCAUUUGUGGGAAUUUAUCCGCGAUCUCCUAAAAAACAACGCUUGUUGCCCAAAGUAUAUCCGAUGGGAAGACAAAGAACAGGGAGUUUUUCGUUUUGUUAACUCAGAAGCCGUUGCACGAAUGUGGGGGAGAAAGAAAAAUAAUCCCGGAAUGACCUAUGAGAAACUCAGCCGAGCAAUGAGAUACUACUACAGACGAGAAAUAUUAGAAAGAGUUGACGGUCGGCGAUUAGUCUAUAAGUUUGGCAAGAACGCAUCUGGUUGGAAAGAAGUCGCAUGUCUGUCCAAAUCUGAACCAGAAAAUGACGCUAAAUCAAACUAGACAAUCCCCUCAUCAGGGGUCAGCUUCACAAUAACGAUGACCGUAAAUGGAAAUCGCUCCAUUCCACCCGUAUGAUCCUUCGACGUUUAAGAAAGGGAAAAAAACAAUAAUCGACUCGGAGAAUUUUCUUGUUCAUUGAGAUCGAAGAGAAUGUGUGCGAUUGUGUGACGUCAUUUAUUAACUACUGCAAACUCGAUCUUCCAUCUUAUCACAUUCCAGAGGGAUAUAUAGUAGAGUGACAAUGUUAUAGACAUUGAGAAAUCCUGAUAACAUAAUUGUUAUUGUUGUUCAAACGUUCAAGUAACGCGUACACCAGCUAAAUGGUGCGUCAAAAUCUACAGGCAGACAGUAGCAUCACGAGAAACGUCUUAUCAGCGAUUAUGUACACCGGAAGGAGCGUUUCAUCAUUGUACCCUGUGGCUAUAGAUAGUGUUAUAUCUGUUUGAACAUGGUCCCUUGUUUAAGACAGUCAUUCGAAUCAUAAUUAAGCUCCCGGCAUCAUCCAUAACAUUCUUUCCCUGGCAAUUAAACUUGAGAUGGUGUAUCCAUGUGAUUUCCACAAUCUACAGAUGAGCGUUAAUAAAACGAGGUACGGAUCAGCUUACGUGAACUUUUUUCUUAAUUGUCAUCCGAGCUAGACUAUCUCUGCUUUAUCUUUGGGAGAAUGAAUGGCCAAAUAAUGAAUACUGUAUUGCAAAGUUUGAUUCUUUUUGUAAAUCAUUUGAUUUAUUAUUCUUUAUGAUUCAGAUUACCAUUCCUACACAGCCUUAAGUUAAAUCCAUUGCAGACAUAUCUGAAAUAUGCAAAGUUGUUUGACGGUGAUGCAUUUGUAAAUAUAUAAUUCCAUUAUGCAAUCUAAGAUAAUUACAUUCUGUAAACUUAUACUGACCACAAUCUGAUGGUAUUACAAUCAUCAUUUUGUUUAAAACCAAAUUGAUAAUAAAAUAAAUAAUAUUUUCUAUUUAGGCAUCGUUGACUUGUUAUAUAUACCAUGUAUAAAUUUGCAUUAAAAUUGACGACUUCUGUAAAUAUUUGUAAAUAUAAAAUGUUCAUUUCAAUAUUUCUGGUCAGUUGCAGAGCAGCAAAAUAAUGUUAAAUGUUUUCAUGUUUUGUCUCGUUUGACGUAAAACACUUAUUUUCUGGUUUCAAUGUUUGACUAACAUUUAAUAAUCCAUCUCGUAGUUUCAGUUGAAUAAACAAUUAGCCAAUCACACAGAGCUUAAUAUGAAAUUAAUGUACGUACUUCAUUUUGUUGUACGGUUGUAUAACAGGCUAGAUUGUUUGACGUUUUAAUCGUAUGUGUACUUGAAACUAUACGAGAAGGCAUAUAAUAUGUCAUAAUAUGGCUUGGUUUAUUUAAUAAUUGUUUAUAGAUUGUAUCUUAUGAUUUAAUGUAGAUCUUUACAUCAACUAAUUGAUAUAGUUUCUGAUUGGUAUUCAUGAUGUAUGAUGUCAUACCUCAUUCAUGAAUAUUUAUGAAUGUAUGAUGUGUCCAAUGUACUUGUUUUAGUUUCUCUUCUUCAUAUCAGUAUUAGUUGUAUUUUAACUUUUAACUCGGUCAUUAUCGUUGUUUUAAACCUGCUGGCGGGAAAUAGUGUACAUUUUGUAUAUAGACAUUCAUUUUUGUUACAAGAGAAUUAGAAAUAGCUUUUGUUUUUUAAUCUUCGUUUUAUAAGAAAAACAUUCGAACAAUGCUGGAUAUAGCUAUGAAUAAAGACAUUUUGUAUUGAGAACUUA